UAAGGUCACUACUGUGGUAAACAAAGCAGGUCAUGUGUGUGUGUGUGUGUGUUGUAAUAUGGCUGUGGUAUUGUGUUCUUGUCAUUUCCAGCUGUGAUAUAAGUAAGUUAUGUGAUAUGAGGAAGACAGCUUUUAAAAAACAGCCUUGUGUGAGCCAGUGAAGUUUGGACGAGGAGGUGUGAAGGGUGAGCACCCAGCUGUUGUCAUGACAACAGUGAGUGUAGAGAACACAGAGACAUGGGAGCAUCACAAGAAAUUCACGGUUUACAAAGUGAUGGUGACAAAUGACAACCAUAGUUGGUUCAUAUUCCGGCGGUAUAAUGAGUUCUACAAACUGUAUGAGGUGCUCAAGAAACAGGUUCCCAGUGUACAACUGAAACUUCCAGGCAAGAAGCUAUUUGGAAACAACUUGGAUCCACAGUUUGUGCAGUCUCGACGGGAAGGGCUUAAUUCGUUCAUCCAGCAGAUCAUGACAGAUGCUAGAUUUCGGCAGUUGCCAGAGGUUCGUGAAUUCUUCCAGUUGGAUCGACGUAAACUUAGUUCAGAAGAUGGAAGUGUAGAAGAUGGUGAAGAAGAGAUUGGAGGUAGUGAUGUCAAUAACAGCAAUGAUAAGUUAAACCUUGGACCCUCAGAAAGAUCCCAUGCAAAGCCAAGUGAUUUUGAAUUUCUGCAUGUCAUUGGGAAGGGGAGCUUUGGUAAGGUGUUGUUAGCUAGGCACAAAGCUGAACGGAGGCAUUAUGCAGUGAAGGUGCUUAGCAAACGUCUUGUCAUGAAGAGGAAUGAAGCAAAACACAUCAUGUCUGAAAGAAAUGUCCUUCUUAAGAACCUGAAUCACCCAUUCCUUGUGGGUCUGCAUUACAGUUUCCAGACUCCAGACAAGUUGUACUUUGUGCUGGAUUACAUCAAUGGUGGAGAGUUAUUCUUCCACUUGCAGAGAGAGCGUGUGUUCACAGAACCAAGAGCUCGAUUCUACAGUGCAGAGAUGGCAGCUGCAUUAGGUUAUUUACACGCGCAUGGCAUCAUUUAUCGAGACCUGAAACCAGAAAAUCUUCUCUUGGACUCACAGGGACAUGUUGUUCUCACAGACUUUGGUCUUUCAAAGGAAGGAUUGUUUCCAACUGACACAACCAAUACAUUUUGUGGCACACCUGAAUAUUUGGCACCAGAAGUUCUCAAAAAAGAGGGAUACGAUAGAUCUGUGGACUGGUGGUGUCUGGGAGCUGUCUUGUAUGAGAUGUUAUAUGGCCUGCCCCCUUUCUACUCCCGUAAUACAGCUGAGAUGUAUGAUCGCAUUGUCAAUAGACCUUUACGAUUACGACCUACGAUCUCUGAGAGUGCUCGUGACAUUCUUGCCAAGCUGCUUCAGAAGGACCGUCAUAAACGACUGGGGUCAGGUUAUAGAGGAUUUGAUGAAGUAAAGCGCCAUGACUUUUUCAAGCUCAUCAUCUGGGAGGAUCUGCUGGCCAAGCGCAUCCCCCCACCUUUUAAUCCUAAUGUGCAAAGUGUGAUGGAUCUGCGCCACAUAGAUCCAGAAUUCACCAGAGAACCAGUGACAUCAUCAGUUGGAUGUUCACAUUCUACCUCUGUGUUAUCUGCCAGUGUCCGGGAGGCUGAUGAUGCAUUUGCUGGUUUUUCAUAUGCUCCUCCAAUAGACUUGCAGUAGUGGUUGUCUUUCUCUGAUACAAUCUUGCUUUAUUUGAAAGCAGCAGCAGCUUCUGCAUUUUUCAUAUACCAGAAUUAUAAGUGAAUGUAUUCAGAGCCCAUUUGCCUGCAGUUAUCUGUUGCUUUAUGACCAGAACUGUUAUAAUUUUCUUAAUUUGUAACCACAUUCCGUCUUCUCAGCUGAUUCAUGGUAACCAGUUAUCCAUGUUUAUAAAUUAUGCAUAUUAUCCAGAUGUUAUGUAAUCAUAAAUCAGUAUUGGCCAUCUCUGUGCUUUUGUGAGUUUGGCAGAAGUGUGCCAUAAGUAUUAGUGAAAAUUUGUAGUAAUUGAUAUUUUCUAAACAUUGUUUUAUGAAGUCAUUCUGUUUCAAGUGUAUCAGGCAAUUUGUGCACAAAAGUGGAACUGUGAGUCAGCCAUUAUCUCACUGGUAGUGUUCCUGCAUGAAUUGUUUAUGUUUAAUUUGCCUAGAGAACAAAGAAGUUAUGUUAAAGAUACUCAGAUUUUUCAGUGCAUAAACCACUCAGUACUAGUUUUGUUAAUGG